CCUCCGCCGUCCUCCUCAUUCAUCCAUCCGCACUCCCUUUUCUUCCCCGCUGCUGGAUGGUGAGUUAGGAGCGCACGCAGGACGGCACCGGGGCUUCCCUUCUGUCUGAUGGAAACGGGCUGAGGAGGCACCAGAUCCGGCUCAGAUCUCCUUCAGGAUCCUGCAGGAAGGACUUCGCUUCUGCUUCUGGAGGAAACACACGAGAAAGAGAGAGAGAACGAGAGAGAGAGAGGGGAAACACUGGAGAUCCUCCACCAUCAGAAGGCCUCCUGCACCUUUCCCAGAGUGUGUUGCUGGCGUCGUGUUUAGCAUGCGCGCUCACAAGAGUGUGUAGCUCGUCUAGUCGAGAGGACCUUGCGGUGUGUGCUUGUUCGCAUCUGUACUUCGAGUGCCAGGAUGAGUUUGGUGGGCGCAGAGCGUCGCAGGCCCACGCCGGCCCAGACGCCCGAGGAGAGGGAUGUGUGGAGGGAUGGAGGAAGAGCUGGCUGGAGGGAUGCAGGGAGGGAAGGCUGGAGAGAGGGAAGAGAGAGCGGCGUGGUGCAGAGCUACAGCUUCGACUCAUACCAGCUGGAGGAGGAGGAGAUCAGUAAAGACGCCCCGGAGCGAGGAGUGCUGGCUUUGUCCGAGCCCGACUUCGAGGAACCGAUCCCCGACGACCGUUACCAUGGCAUCUACUUUGCAAUGCUAAUGGCUGGAGUGGGUUUCCUGCUUCCCUACAACAGUUUCAUCACUGAAGUGGACUACCUGCACCACAAGUUUAAAGGGACGUCCAUAGUGUUUGACAUGAGUCUUACGUACAUCUUGGUGGCUCUCUUGGCUGUCAUCCUCAACAACGUGUUGGUGGAGAGACUCAGCAUGCACACCAGGAUCACUGUAGGUUACAUCCUAGCUUUGGGGCCGCUGGUCUUCGUCAGCGUGUUUGACGUCUGGCUGGAGAAGUUCACCACCAGGCAGGCUUAUAUCAUCAACCUGGUGUCGGUGGGAGUGGUUGCCUUUGGAUGUACAGUGCAGCAGUCCAGUUUCUAUGGUUACAUGGGGAUGCUGCCCAAGAGGUACACACAGGGGGUGAUGACUGGAGAGAGUACAGCUGGAGUGAUUAUCUCCUUGUCUCGCAUCUUCACCAAGCUGCUGAUCACUGACGACAAGAAAAACACACUCAUCUUCUUCCUCGUCUCCAUCAGCAUGGAAAUGCUGUGUUUCCUGCUUCACCUGCUGGUCCGCCGCUCACGAUUUGUCCGCUAUUACACCAGCAGCGCCCAGGGCAAAGGCCCCGGAAAAUGUCAUGACCCACGGGACAACGGGACCGGAUACAAGGUUCACCACGACGUCACUGCAGAGGAAGUAAGAUUUGGAAACGGUGGGACAGGAACAUCCACCACAGAAGAAGGCCUCGAGGACUUUGUCGGCGGUACCUAUGUACGAUUUGACGCCCCAAAAGCCAAGAUAAGGAAAAGCUGGCCUGGUGUCCGCGACAUGAUCCUGCAUCGCUACGUGGUGUCCCGCGUGAUCUGGGCCUACAUGCUGUCUAUAGCCGUGACCUACAGCAUCACUCUGUGUCUGUUUCCUGGACUGGAGUCUGAGAUACGAAACGACACCUUAGGGGAAUGGCUCCCGAUCCUCAUCAUGGCCACCUUUAACAUGUCAGACUUUGUCGGCAAGAUCCUGGCUGCGCUGCCGUACGACUGGUCCGGAGGUCGCCUGCUCUUCUUCUCCUGCCUGAGGGUGGUCUUCAUCCCUCUGUUUGUCAUGUGUGUUUACCCGGCCAGCGCCCCAACGCUGUCCCACCCCGCCUGGCCGUGCCUCUUCUCCCUCCUCAUGGGAGUCACCAAUGGGUAUUUUGGGUCCGUGCCGAUGAUUCAGGCUGCUGGCAAAGUGCCGCCUGAACAGAGGGAGUUGGCAGGGAAUACCAUGACAGUCUCCUACAUGACGGGCUUGAUGGUUGGCUCCGCUGUGGCGUAUGCAGUUUACAGCUUCACCGCUCCAGCAACAGGAAGCAGCUUCUCUACGCUCAACGUACGCACACCUGCCAACGCUACAGGGUACUGAACGUCUACAUAACUUAAAAAACAGAUGCACGCAAUGGACGUAAUACAUAACGCAGCACGACCAGCCAUUCACACUUGCAGCGUACGGGACAAAAAAACGGAAACAAAAACUGGCAUUUAGCAUUGGAGUAUGUGAAACUAAAAAAACUCAGAUUUAUCCACCCUGUCGUUGUCCAGCUUGGUGACUUUCAAACGUCUGCUGUGAUGAAAUCCCCUGAAGGAGUGGAGCAGGAGCUGUGCAUCUGCCAGCGGGCCGACAUAAGUCCUCUGAGUGCCGCGCGGUGAAAUUACUGUCUGCAUAUGUGCCAACAGAUCGUCUGACAUUUGUACAGUGUAAAGUCAAGUGAUAUUUUUCCUGCAGGGAGGGAACAGCUUAUGGUUUCAAAGGAGACCUUGUGUCUUCGGUCACAUAUGUCACAUUUCAUGAUUCCUCAGAACUCUUGCUAUUCAGGGUAUAGAGGUGGUAUUUUUGGACAAAGAGUUCCAUUUAUUUUAUUUGGGUACCGUUACCAAAUUUAUCUGAAUGUAGUUACUUUUCCAUCAAAAAUGGAAGUUAUAUAGUUGUAAUCUUCUGUAAUGUGCCAUGUUUAUGAGUCUGAUGGAAUAUAUGGUAUGUAAAGGAUACAAUAAGUCUGAAAAUGACAUCCAAAGACACUCUUCUGACCCAUUACAGUACAUAUUAGCCAUUAAUUAGGGUCAGGUUGAGGUGGCAGCAGGCUUUCCAGCUCAUCCUUGGGGAUAAUGGGGUGUUCCCAGGCCAGAUGAGAUAUCUAAUCCAUUCAGUGAUUUCUUGGUCUCCUCAAAGUUGGACGUGCCAGGAGAACCUUCCCAUUAGACAUCCUUAUCAGAUGGUAAAUCACCUCAUCUGGCUCAUUUUGGAAGUCCGGACAUGGGGACAAAAUUUUCCAAAUGGCCUUGAUCUUAUUUAAGGGUCAAUCAUAGACUUUACCUGGUCGUAGUAAGUUUUAUAUAAUACCAACUGAUGGUUGAUUGGAAACAUUUCUGACUCACAAUUGAAGAGUGGGCAAAAAAUAUGAAGUUUUAAAGUAAAAGGAACAAGAGCGAAUUCCAAUUUUAGCAUCUAACAAGAUAACUCAACAGUGAACAGCAUCACAUGGAAUUAGUACUUGGAAAGCCACUUUUUUUGUUGUUUUCCUUUUCUGUCAUCUAAAAUACUGUACAAAUGUCAUCCCAUUAUAUCAUAACUGCUCCUUGAUUGGCUUCCCUCGUUAAAAUUGUCCAAUCAAUUUGCAGUAUAAGGUAUAAAUGUGAAAACAAGGACAGAAUAGGCAGAUUUCUGUCUGUUCUGUGGGUUUUACGUCAGUCCUUCCAGCCUCUGAUGGAUAAAAAAAAAAACAAUGUUGGUAUAAAUUUCCCAGAGGAGGUGGAGUAAUAAUGGCUGUGUCUUGCUGUAGGUUUUUUUUUUUUUCCUGAAAUGGUUCGUGUCUCCUUUGUGUCCUUCUGAACAGUGUCUGUGUUUAACGUCUAUGUAACAAUGCAGGAUGUGAGGGAGAAAAACAAUUAGUGCCAAAACGUCUGCCUGUAAUGAUGAAGUGUUAUUGGCUGGAAAAAAAAGAGUGAAUGUAAAGUUGUAAAUAUACAGAAUGAAAUGCACUCAAAGCAGUAAAGAGCUUUUAUUUUCACUAAUGCAAAGCCUCUAGAAAAGAUCAGAAUCGUAUCUUUUGUAGCUUUAUUUAGACAAACUGAUCGGUGAUAUUUAUUUCCGCAGCGUCCACAGGUUCUUAGUUCCUCCGUGUUGGAUUUUUCAGUGAAGAGGAGAGUUCACGGUUUAUACAUUAUGAACAAAAACAAGCCUCAGCGUAGAAUCCACGAAGUGCUCUGUAUAAUGUAAGCGGCUGCCUGAAUCGAGCCUAAAGUCGGCACGGUUUGAAGAAUGGUCUGGUGCCAUUAGGGAGCUGACCUCAUUACUGUAUGUAUGUCCCGCUGAGCUGAGGGCACCACAUUUCCUGAGGCCUCUCAGCGAGCUGUGCAGCUUGAAGGUGUUUUUAGUUAUUUUUGAUCAAACGUGUCAUUAAAGGACACGAAAAGUCUAUUUCCUUCCAUUUCUUACUCUCUGGUAAAAGCUGCAGCCAUUCUGAGAGGAGAAAAGACUCUCCAAAGAAAGCAUUUAUGUUAAAUUCAUACCUCAUGACGUGCUGGGAGAUUCACUUUCUUGCUGAGAGUUAGACAGAAAUACCAAUCUCUUGUUUGUGUAACCAUGAAACUAGCAAUCAGUCAGCUUCGUGUAGAGAGAGAAAACAGCUAGCCAAUUCCGAGUUUUACUUUGAGCUGAGCCCAAUCCCACAUCAAGGCUUUUACUCACUGUGGGCUCAUUUUUCACGGCGGUAUAAAGUCGUCCACCUACAUGGAAACAGCACAACCAUAGAUAGAGGGAGUCCAAAAGCAGUAUGACACUCUUAUAAUACCAUAAAUAAUAGGAAAAUACAGACUGAAUUAGAUUUUCUUAGAUUAUGUUCUACAAAACUUAAAACAAAAAAUGGAAUCAACGUUUACAACAUUUCUUCACUUGCUCAUGGAUGUUAUCAAUGCUUGAAAAGAGGGGGCUCACCAUACCACUUUUACCACCUCUACAAACAAGGCUUUUUUCACACUACUCCGCACAUCAACUCUAGAAAGAUGUUUUGUUUGUCCACACUGAAUGCAUCUUCCAACAACUUGCUGACAACUUUUUCCUUUGUGUACCUUUUUUGAACCAUGUUGCGUUUCUUAAAUGCUUAAGAAGAAGGCAGCUGGAAUUCUUUUUUGGUUCUUGAAGACAUUUUAUUUUCAUCUAUGAGGCUUCCUCAGGUCUAAGUGACUGAUGGAAGGUCCCAUCUGUUGAUUCUCACCCCCCCAAAAUCACAUGGCUAAUGACCUGUUAAAGACCCAAGACUUACAUGACUCAAAUGGUUGUGGGUUAGGAAAGGGAUGACUUGUGUGUUAGUAGAGAUCAUAAUAGUGUGUUGGACGCUGAUCAUCCACAACAUUAUGACCACUGACAGGUGAAGUGAAUAACAUCGAUCAUAUUGGUACUAUGUGGUGUUCUGCUGGAAAACCCUGGAUUUUGGCAUCCGUGUUGAUGAGAUUUAGACAUCCAAAUGAACAUUGUCCCAGAACAAACACACUCCUUCCUGCAGGUAGAAAUUCUAAAUGUCACGGGCCUACCCCAGCACAUCGAAAAAACAUUAAACAAUCAGGAACACAUUGAGGAACACGACAAUAGCCCAAGAUGUUGAUUUGACUAUCAAACUUCCUAGAGCAUUCUGAUCAAUCAUCAACAGGAUGCAAUGGAACAAAUUUGAUUCCCAGAGACCCCACUGCACAACCCAGAGCACUCAAAGGAUCCCCUGCCAACUUCCUGUCCACAUAAGACACCCUGAGAGGUCCUCUUGUCCAUGUCCAAUGGUUCAGAUUAUUUUUGAUGACAUCAGGGGGACCAACACAAUAUUAGACAGGUGGUCAUAAUGUUAUGUCUGAUGGGUUAAGUACCUGAAAUAUGGUGUCUGCAAUCCAUCAGAACUGAGAAAGUCCAGUUGUCUUUAGUCUCACUUUGCCGGUCUAGCCGCACUACAAUGUUAUUCUGCUGUAGGGGGGAAAAGACUCUGGUUUCUUUAAACCAGUCAAAGUCAUUGUGAACGGAGUUGAGUUGAAGAAUACACUUUAGGCGUUCACUCAAAAAGGCAAGAUCUGGAAUUGUGAUGGAACAUUUACAUGCAGGGAAAACAGCAUAGUGAUUAAACCUUUUCAGUGCUGUAGGUUUCAGCCUGCAAUUUGUUGUUGUUUCCUGAGGUGAACAAAAUUGUGACACAGCGGUAGCGUAAGACAGGAGAAUACCGACUGAGAUUAUCGGCCAAUGACAGGCUUAUAUCCACAAACUACAUCCAGUAAAUAAGACUCAGUUGUCUUCGACUGAAGCUCUUACCAUGACCCGGCUGACUACGAAUCUGAACAGACACAAGUUGCAUUUUUAGAAAAAUCGAUUAAGCAAUUAAUUUUCCUCUCAGUCUGUUUUGUUGUUGAAUUUUUGUCACGUGACUGUUAGUCACACAUUAGUCAGUUAUGGCUUUUUUAUCAUGGGCAGAAUUUUUUGCUUUUUUUUUUUACACAUUCAGGUGCAAAUGGUUUCUUUUUGCUGAUUUUUUUUUUCAAAAUGAGACAUGUACCGUAAAGUAAUUUUAAAGAAAUGCGAGAACUUUAAGCUUUGAUUUUGUUAAUUUUUCUGUCUUAAACCUGCCACACGUAUUUUCAAGGACUAUCAUGAAGUCAAAAAUCUGACAAACUGCUCUUGGUUUUGAUAAAUGGUGUCAUUUUCUUACUUUUUAAUUUUUAUUUUUUAUCCUAUUUUUAAAAGAAGCCUUGCCUUUCAAAAUUGUGAUCAGGUUUUGGGGCUCGGAUGGUUCGGCUAACUGUUUUCAGUCUUUGGGCUAAGCUAACUUGGUCCCAUUUCCAGUUUCGUAUUUACCUCACACAUCUAUCCCUCUACAGGAAAGUGAAUAAAUGUAGAAAGCAACUAAUUCACUGUUGCAACUAAUGAUACCUCUAAAAAAAGAGCAGCAAUGGAGAAGAGCUGUUUAUCAAGUGGAACUUUCUUGAAAACAUAGUUAUGUGUCAGUGGAAUAAUCUCUACACAGUGGAGAAAAUGAAUUAUGACCACAAUCACUUUAUCACUAACCUUAUUAAUAACCUGCUGUAAGAACAACUGUAUUCACACUCAUUCAUCAUUUCAUUGACAUAUUUUUGGUUGGAGCUGACACGUUUUCAAAAUGAGUUACGAUGACGGAGAUCAGCUGAAAUUACAGACUGAUGCUGACUGAUUGCUUUGACAAAGACAGAGCCUAAAAGAGAAAAGUGUCAAGAAAGCACAUAAAAUAAGAGGCAGAAAUUAAUUUUAAUUAGAGAAAAUUGUGCAGCAGAGACUAAAUGUACUUAUAAGGAGAGUGUUUUUUGCUUCUGACGGAAGAUAGAAAGUGACUGUAGAGUGGAAUGAUGUUCACAUCUACAUGGAAACACACUGACAUGUUAAAAAACACUCUGAAGUUGUGAUAUCUGCCAGCCUGCUGUGUGACUUCCACUUUCUGUUUUUAAAGGCUGUGAUAAUGCUCAUUUUCUCGCCACUAACAGCAAAGAAUUUCUCCAUUUUAUACUAUUUUAGACUGAACAUGUGACUGCAUACUGUGAAAUGUUACAUACAAUUACUGUGUAAAUACUGUAAAAAACAAAACAAAAUCCACUGUAAUAUAUUUUACAGAUGACAUUUGUGGAAAAAAAGAGUAGUUUAAGAGCUUUGCGGAUCCUUACGAAGGACCAAAUGAAGAAUUUGGUGCAGUGAAAUAAAUUUAAUCUUUUUGCUGGUGAUAUAUUUACAUAAAGUUUGAGUGUUUAAUCAUGUUUUCAUGCUAAACGGUUUAGCUUAUUUUACUGUUUAAUUCCUGGUUUCAGAAUCUGAUGUCAAUCAGGACUGGAUGCAAAUUUCUGCUCUUAAUAUUUAAUUACUUACAUUUUUUAUACUAAUAUUAGCCUAAUAUUAACUAGCAUCAUCCUCUAAAAUGUAAAGCUCUAAGAAAAAAAGUGAAAAAAUGUCAAGUCACAAUAACGGAAACUGUAUUUAUUAGAAUUUCUUUUCUUUUUUUUUGAUCAAAAAACCUGGAUUUUCUCUAAACAGUGUGUUCGGGCCCGACAUCAGCAACGCUCAAUAAAACAGUUGUUUACA